AUUACACUUUCAAUGGCUCAGCAUGCUCUGGAUGAAGUGUCAGAACCUGGAGCUUUCAACCCCUCGGCUUCAACUUUUCGCAAUUUUAUUUCAAAAGAUCCGACCUCUCAGUUUCCUGCAGAAUCUGGAAGAUACCAUCUUUACAUAUCAUUUGCAUGCCCCUUUGCUUGUAGAUGCCUGACAUAUUUAAAACUAAAAGGACUGGACAAAGCCAUCAGUUUCUCAUCAGUUAAACCAAAAUGGGAGAGAACUAAAUCGACCGAUGACUAUUUUGGAUGGGUCUUUCCUUCUUCUAGCACAGAAGAAUCUGGGGCUGAUCCUGACACAUUGAAUGGAGCUAAGAGUAUUAGAGAACUUUAUGAGCUUGCGAACUCAAAUUAUUGCGGAAAAUAUACUGUACCUGCUCUUUGGGAUAAGAAACUCAAAACAAUUGUUAACAAUGAGAGUUCAGAAAUAAUCCGUAUGUUGAACACAGAGUUCAAUGAAAUUGCCAAAAAUGCUGACUUAGACUUGUAUCCCUCUCACUUGCAAGCACUUAUUGAUGAGACCAAUGAAUGGGUUUAUGAUAGGAUAAGUCUUGGUGUAUAUAAGUGUGGGUUUGCUAGGAAACAGGAGCCUUAUGAUGAGGCUGUGGCGCAGUUAUAUGAAGCCUUGGACAAAUGUGAGGAGAUACUAAGCAAUCAACACUAUAUUUGUGGGAAUCACUUUACUGAUGCUGAUAUUCGUCUUUUUGUGACUUUGAUAAGGUUUGAUGAGCAAGCUCUCAUUGUGAAUGGAAUAGUUGGGAAUGUUCCAAGGGAGAGGGCAUAUCCAACAUACUGAUGAUGUUGUCGUUAUCCUCCAAUCGAUGGUGAACAUCCAAUACUUUCUAGAGUUUUCCUACAUUUCAUAACUAGGUUAGCAUAUUGAUGUCUCCAUCAGGCUUGUAAUCUAAUUUGUAAAAAUGCAUAUGCAUCAUGCUCACUUUGAUAUCUUCUUAUUUAUUUAAUACUUUGAUAUUAUUUUCGAAAAUAGGACAUAUUUAUAAUUUAUUCAUUUGUUUUGGAGAUAUUUGUGGUUGAGCACACAGGACACUACUAUAAAUUGUGGUUCAUAGGAUGCAUUCCGGUGUUUUACAUCAGUUUUAAUUCAUCUUCCAGUCUAAUGAGAUUAGGCCUUUCAAUGACUCCAAGGAGUCCUUGGUGAUGGACCCGCUGGCUAAAUGUUAGCAGAAAACAGAGAAACAAACUUAAGGUAGAGAGGAUAUGCAGUAGAGAGGAAAAUCCUGUUUCUUCAUUUCAUUAAUAAUGUUUGUACAGCGAUAUGUAUAUAUAGAUGACAAUUGGUUAUACAGGACGUGGAGAACUAGUUGUGAUGGUACAACCACUGCAACUGCAUAGGUAAUGGCGCUACCAUUUCUGAGACAUAUUCAUGAUCCACUCAUUUGAUGACUAUGCUAACAGGCCCCCGCAAAACUAAUUAUUCAUGGAAUGAAUGGUUAGUUUGAGACAAAGAUCUAAGAAACGUGCCGUUGGAAGUGAUUUUGUUAGGACGUCAGCUAUUUGGUUUGUGGAAUUGAUGUGAGAUAUGGUGAUUGCACCAGAGUUGAUAUGUUCACCGAUAAAGUGAUAUUCAAUUUCAAUGUGUUUCGUUCUUGCGUGGACCACCGGAUUGUUUGCAAGGGCAAUGACGAAGGUAUUGUCACAGUAGAUUACAGUCGAUGAAAGUUGAGGGAUUGGAAAUUCUGCAACCAAGUGACGAAGCCACAGAACAUCUGAGGUGGCGGAGGAUAUGGAGCGAUAUUAUGCUCCGUUGAUGAUUUUGCCAUGGUGAUUUGUUUCUUCACUGACCAGAAAAUUAGAUUGCUUCCUAGGAAAGUGCAAAAACCUGUAAUUGAUUUUCUGCUGUAGUAUCAGUCGCCCAGUCCACGUCGGCAUAGGAUCAUAGUUGAAGAUCACCUGUGGUUAAGGGAAGACCGAAAUGUAUUGUUCAUUUGAUGUAUCACAGCAGUCUUUUGAGAGCUUGAUAGUCGCUUUGCCCUUGUUGAUGCAUAUGUUGGCAGAUAGAGUUCGUGGCGAAGGCAAUAUUCGGUCUCGUGAUUGAGAGAUAUUGAAGUGAGUCAGCUAAUUGGCGGUAGAGCUUGGGGUCUGAGGAUAACGGAUCAGAUGUUUGGCCGCGACUUGAUUUGAGAGCCAUUGAUGUAGGUGACGGUUUGCAGGAAGUAAAAUCAGCAGUAUGAAGUAAGUUCUUGGCAUAAUGAUGUUGGUGGAGAAAGUACUCAUUUGACGUUGGAAGUACCUGAAUUCCGAGAAAUAGAGAAAUGGUUCCCUAUUGCUUUAAUGAGAAUUUUGAGCUCACUUGUUUGAGAAGGUUCUGAAUUGUUGUUGUGUCAUUUCCAGUGACUAAUAUGUAGUUAACAUAAAUGAGUAUGUAUGAUUGAAUAGUUGCUUGACGGUAUAGUUGGAGAGAGGGGUCUGCUUUCCUGAAGGUAAACCCGAAUUGUCGAAGAAAUAUAGUGAGCUUUUGAAACCAUUGUCGAGGCGCCUGCUUGAGGCUAUAGAAUGAUUUAUGCAACUUGCAAACGUAGUCUGGAUGCUGAUAGUCAAUGAAGCCGGUUGGUUGCUUCAUGUAAACUUCUUCCUGAAGAUCUCCAUGAAGGAAAGCAUUUGAAACAUCCAUUUGAAGAAUGGGCCAACGAUGUUGUAAUGCUAAAGUGAGAAGUAUGCGUAUUGUUAGCAUCUUGGCUACUAGGUUGAAGGUGUCAGUGUAGUUGAUCCUGAAUUCUUUGUGUAUAGCCUUGUGUUACGAAGCGUGCUUUGUAACGAUCAACUUGACUGUUUGGUUUUAAUUUUGUCUUGUAUGCCCAUUUGCAGCCAAGAAUUGGUUGAUUUGAUGGUUUUGGGAUAAGUGACCAAGUACCUUGCUUUUGAAGAGCCAGGAAUUCAGAUGACAUAGUUGUACGCCAAUGUGGGUGUUGGACGGCUUGAGAGUAUGAAGUUGGGUUGGAGUUUGAGGAGGAAACUGUUGAGAGAUCGAAGAUCUUCUUGGGGCGUGUCAGAUCUGAUUUCAGCCUGGUUAGCAUUGGAUGGGUGGGUGUGUUGUGGUUGCAAUGGUGUAGGGUCUGAAUAAUCAAUACUAAUGGAGGAGGGUUCGGUAGAUAUGGGAUUGGCUAUGGUGUUAUCGGGUAUUGUUGUAGGCAUCAGUGAAGUUGAUUUUGGGGAUGGGGAGUUAGUUUGGUGAGUGGGAGUAAUUGUGGAGGUGGGAAUUAGUAGAAGUGGGGAGAGAUUGGGUGUGGCAUUUGUUGUACUAGUUGAGGAACAUGAUGACUGAUAGGGAAAAGCAGUUUUGUGAAAGAUAACAUGAUGGGAAAUGUAAAGUUUAUUUGUGUGGAGGUUAAGGCAUCUGAAUCCUUUGUGAGUGGAGGAAUAACCUAGGAAGAUGCAUUAUUGUGAGCAUGGAGAGAGUUUGUUUUGUGUGAGGUUGUAGCCAUGGAAAGCAGAGGCAACCAAACGUUUGAAGGUGUUUGUAGGAGGAAGGUUUGUCGUGAAGCUUAUGGUAGGGAUUUUGAAGAGAAUUUUUUUUGGAAGGGAUACGAUUGAUUAAGUAGUUAGCUGUGGACGGUGCUUUGGCCCAGAAUGUUAUAGGAAGAUGAGAGGCAUGAAGUAGUGUCCUUGUGAGAUUAAGUAGGUGAGGGUGCUUGCGUUCGGUGAGGCCAUUUUGUUCAGGUGUGUAUGGACAACUGAUAUGAUGAGUGAUACCGAGAUGUAAGAGAUUUUCUUUGAAUUGUGUGCUAGUAAAUUCACCUCCACGGUCGGAGCAGAAAUUGAUUGGAAGGGUUUUAAAUUUAUUUUUAAUUAGAUUAUAUAAUUUUUGAAAUUUAAUGAAAGUUUCAUGUUUUGAGUGCAUGAGAUAGAGCCAUCUGAAUUUUGUAAAAUCAUCGACAAAUAUUACAUAAUAUUUGUGUCUACUAAAUUAAGGCAGGGGAGCGGGACCAUACAUCAUAAUGAACUAGUUCAAAUGGUUUUUUAGACCAAGAACUGCUUGAAUUAAAUGGUAAUUUGUGACUUUUAGCCACAUUAUAAGAAGUAAAAAUAUAAGAAGAAGAAAAAUUUAAUAGUUCUAGAAUAGAUUUAGCGAAGGUUGUAAGAAGCCUAUGAUGAGGGUGGCCAAGACGCAUAUGCUAGAGAAGUAUAGAUGAAGUUGUGGCGCAGAGAGUCGUAGGAGGUGAAGAUGAAUGAAACCGAAGAUGGUAGAAACCAUAAUGUAGAUGACCAUGUAGAAGAGGGUAAUUGUCAUGCAAGUCCUUAAUAAUGAACUCAUUUGUGUUGAAACAAAUAAAAACGUUAUUAUCUAAAGUUAGCUUUGAGAUUGAAAUAAGAUUAUGGGAUAGGGAAGGGACAUGUAAGAGGUUAUGAAGAUGAAGCUUACAGGCUGAGUCUGGUAGCGGCAUGAGUCCUUGACCGGUGUUGUGUAUUGGAAGAGAGGUGCCAUUAGCAAUUGAAACAAUAUCAGCACCGUGAUAGGUAAUAGAGUGUUGUAGAUUUGUUGCAUCGGAGAUGAGAUGGGAAGAGACAUCAGAAUCAAGCACCCACUCCGAUGAUGAGUUUGAUGGCUGUUGUGUGAGAAGAGCUCAUGGUGACCAGGAGGUUGUAGGUGCAUAUUGGAAGUUACGGUGAUGCCAGCAAUUUAAAGCCGAAUGUCCAAGUUUGCCACAAAUUUGACACGUUUGUCGAUUAGUUGUUGUAGGUGUGGUCUGAGGCAGACAAGUGGAGGAAGAGGGAGUUCGGGAGAAUGUGCCUCGUCCACGAGGAUAUCGGUUUGUAGUUGAUGCGGGUGGGCAUCCGUGAGAUUGAACUGAUCGAUUGGUGAAAAGUGCAGUUGUGUGGGAAUGUUGGUUUGUAUCUUUGAGAUAUUCAUUCUGGAGAUUAAUCUCUUCGCUGCAUAAUAGAGGGUAGAGUACAUCUAAGCUGAUUGGGUUGAGAAAGGUGCGAAUUAUAGUUUUGAAGGGAUUGUAAGUGGAUGGAAGGCCAUUUAGAAUGUAUGGGAUUAUAUCUUCAGUGUCAAUUUUGGAUCCGGCAUCGACAAUAUUAUCCACCAGGGAUUUGAUCUGAGCCAAGUAUUCUUCCAUUGAGUGGUCUCUCAUUUGGAUUUGGUGAAGCUCGUUCUUUAACUGAAUUAUGCGAGAUCUGUUGGUAGGUUGGAGUCGCCUCUCAAGAGUUAGCCAAACAUCCUGAGCCGUAAAGAGGGUGAGGACAUAGGGUAAAAUGGAUGGGGAGAUGGUGGAGAGAAGAGCAGAAAUUAGGUUGCAAUCAAUGAGGUACCAGAGAGCAUAAUUGAGGGUAGAUGGAUCUAUAUGACAAGGUUGAGUGCCAACAAGAUGUCCGUCGAAUCCAUUGGUAGAAAAUUUUUGCUAGAGCUGAAGCGCCAUAUAACAUAGUUGUCAUUAUUCAGUUGAGUUAUAACAAGAUUUUUGAGAUUGGAGAUUAGGAAUUUGAGGAGGACGGGAACCGUGAACUCGGCUAGUGAGGUUGAGAUAUUGGAGUUGGUUGGAGGGGAGGCUGCCGAAUCUUGAUCAACCAUUAUAGCUCUGCUACCAUGAUAAACCUGCUGGCUAAAUGCUAGCAGAAAACAGAGAAACAAACUUAAGGUAGAGAGGAUAUGCAGUAGAGAGGAAAAUCUUGUUUCUUCAUUUCAUUAAUAAUGUUUGUACAACAAUAUGCAUAUAUAGAUGACAAUUGGCUAUACAGGACGUGGAGAACUAGUUGUGAUGGUUGGUUACAACCACUGCAACCGCAUAUCUCUCUACCUUAAGUCAUUAUUCAGUUGAGGUUGCACAGGUGGAUGAGUGGCUUUACUCUUAGAGAUAGGAUACAAAAAGAGCAUAUAUGUGAAUAGGUUGGAGUAGUUCCAGUGGAAGAUAAGAUUAGAGAGAGUCAUCUUAGAUGGUUUGGUCACGUAAAAUGGUAGCCUUCCGAUGACCUAGUUAGGAGAGUAGAUGUAGUAGAGGUCGAGAUAGACCUAAAAGACUUUGUUAGAAAAUAUUAGAAAUGAUUUUUCUUUAUUAGAAUCAGAUACAAUGGAUAAAAAGGAAUUAUAUGGCCAACCCCACGUAGUGGGAUGAGGGCUGAUGCUCUUGUUAUUGUUGUUGUUAUUGUAGUUGUACAAAAGUUUUAAGGUAACAAUGGCUUACCUCAACUACUCAAUUGACAAAAGGAGCAGUUUCAACAUGCAACAUUUAUACUAUCCAAAAGAAAUCCUACUUAAGAUAUCAAUUGACUGUACAAAUAACACCUGGUCAUAUGGUUCUCUCUUAUGUUUCUGUGUUCUUCUUCUACAUCUUGAAGUUUCUCCUGUCAUCUUUGAAGCACACUUUGUAGAAAACAAGUUGAUGAGCCAAAAUUAACGAGUGAUAGAGGUAAAGCACCUUCUUGAAGACGCAAGGUCGGUAGUUAAACGAUGAGACCAGAGCACCAGAGAUGCCGACACUAGGAUGCAUUUACGUCAAAGAAAGGAUUGCAACCUCAAGCGGAAGCUAGCAUGAGCAAAUCUAAAGCAUAUGCAAGCGCAUUAUGCGCACGAGUAGCAUACACCUCGUGCGAGAGUGGAGGGCCAAAAGUACGGUGUCACAAACACGUAGGCACCAAAAUGCAAGGAUCGGACACAUGACAAUAGUUUUAAUACUUAUUCAAUCAAUCAUAUAAUUUGGUUGAUUAAUUUUAUGGUACAAUCCACUCUUCGUCAUAUUUGGCCUAGUUAAUAAAGGAUAGAUUGUGCACAAUGUAUAACUCUUUCAUAUAUUUGAUUUUUCCUUAUGCAAGCGUUUUGAUCACUAAUAAAGGUUACUAUGAUAUUUAGGGUUUCCACAUUGAUAUUGAAUAAAACAUCAAUUGUUUGGUCCCUUCUUACCCUAGGCAAUGCUGGCUCCUUUCUUUCUUUAUCUCUUCUUUGUCCCUCUCUCUCUCUCCCUGCCUCCCUUUCCAUCUCACUAAUAUCUCUUCUAUGUGUUUUCUAUCAUGGUAAUACCCUAUUAAAAUUCUACUCCAACCAACAUCUUCAUCUCCUCUUCAUCAUUCUCUAGCCCCAAGACAUUUUAUGAUGGGAUCUUAACAUCUAUAUCAUCAUAAGUGACCUAGGGAUUUGUUUGUCCAAAGUAACAUUAAAGAGCCUUCGGAGCCAGCUUGGUCUGAUCACCAAAAUGCUCCCUAGCUCCUCAAUUUUGUUUACAAGUAAAGCUUGGGCUGCUCAUUUCUAUUCGCUCUUAUCAUUCCUUCUAUUUGAUUUUGAGAGAGAGAGAGAGAGAGAGAGAGAAAUAAAAAAAAAAUCAAAAGUUGACUUGAGCGCUGAAGUAAUCUCCGUUAAUCUCUCGAUAUGUUUUUGAUAGUUUUUUACUAUGUACAAGAUUUUUGAGGCAACAAUAGACUACUUGAUUGAUCCAAGGAGCCUUUUCAACAUACAACAUUUGUAUAGUCCAAAAGAAGUCAGCAAGAACAAUUUCAAGCAUCCUCAAGUCAUCUAGCCUCAAGUUUCUCAUUACUCGUUGAACUCCUCGGAGAGUCCCCAAAUUUCAUAUUAAACACAGGUCUUACUGAUGUUGUCAUUGGCCCUCUGUAGUCCAUUAAAAAUAAGCACAGCUUGGUCCUUUUCUUUCUGUACCAAAGAGAUUACUAAUUGAUUCUUUGCUC